AUGGCUUCCUCCAACGUUAAUGUUCUCCUGGAGUCUUUCCCGGGACUUUCGCUCCCGGCGACUCUUUCAUUCGCUUUGCCGUCGACGGCGAGCAUCUCAGACCUCACCGACAAAAUCGCCUCAUAUCUCCCGACAUCUAUAUCGCUUCGGUCCCUGGUAUUGACUACAACAAACAAUAAACAGCUUACACCCUCUCCGGAAUGUGUCCGCUCACUCCUUUCCACCUCCGGUGGCGUCUCUACCUCUACCCUCCUUCCGCUACGUCUGAGCGCCCAAAUGUGCGGUGGUAAGGGUGGUUUUGGGUCUCAACUACGUGCCGCUGGUGGCCGCAUGUCCAGCAAGCGUAAGCGCAAUCAGGGCGACAACAAUAGCUCUAGCCGCAACCUCGACGGCCGCCGCCUACGCACCGUCAAUGAAGCGAAGGCACUUGCUGAAUAUCUCGCUGUUAAACCUGAAAUGGACAAGAAGGAAAAAGAAGAGCGCCAACGCCGAUGGGAGUCUGUUGUGGAAAUCGCCGAAAAGCGUCAGGAUGAAAUUAAGAACGGCACCGGAAAGGGAAAGGUUGAUGGACAGUGGAUGGAAGACAAGGAGGAGAUGAGCGAGAAGGCCCGUGAGGCGGUUCUGCAGGCUAUGAAGGACGGCGCAUGGACAGACAAUCUCCGCGACGCGAUCCUGGGUGGAUCUAGUACUAGCGCCAGCGAUGAAGGCAGCGAGGUCGAUGAUUCAUCCAGCGAAGAUGAAGAAAUCGAAGGGAAUGGAAAGUCUUCAAGUGCCGCUGGGCCCUCUGUGUCUCAAAAGGCCGCCCCUCGGAAGUUCAUUGGCUUUGAUGAUGAUGACGAAUUUAUGAGCGAUUCCGAAGAUGAAAGCAUGGAUCAAUCUACCAAGGGCAAAGGAAAGGCUCGUGCUUGA